AUGACCCUGAGCCCCCUCAUAAAGCGGCGGCACCCCGAUCGGGAAAUGCGCAUCUGCGGCCUAAAAUCUGUUCUCAACCUGCAAAUGGCGUCGACGUCGUCUGCGGGCGCAUGCGGCGACAGUCUGUUUGGUCCUAUUGUCGCUACAGCGAGCUGCCGCGGGGGCUUCGACUUCACCGUAGUUUUUGAGUCCACCAUUUUGAACAUAUUACCGGAGGCUUGCUUCCUCUUGCUGGCAACCGUGCGUCUAUUUCAGUUGUUCAGGCAGUCACCCAAAGUGCACUCUUCAGCUUUCCGCGUGGUAACACUCGGCGUCUCUGUGACAUUCGCAGCCAUUGAGGUUGCACUUCUGGUACUCGUUGCUACACAGCACGUCACUGGAGGACGCGUCGUUCUUGCGAGUGCCAUCCUCGACCUUUUGUCGGCGCUGGUUGUAAUAGUCCUUCUUGAUCUAGAGUAUGUGCGGUCUAUCUGUCCCUCAUUUCUUGUCUCCGCCUACUUGUUCGUCACGCUUCUUCUGGAUCUCGCACGCGUGCGCACAGCCUGGCUGCUACCCGAGACUUUAGCCUACCCAGCCUGUCUCUCUGCGUCUCUCGCCGCCAAGCUAGUUCUUUUGGUACUUAACAACAUAGAGAAGCGGAAGUGGUUGGUGCCCAGUGAAAAGGGAAAUUCCAUUGAAAGUGUAAGUGGCCCUUUCAGUCGAGGCUUAUUUACUUGGUUGAAUGGCCUGCUAUGGAAAGGUCACUCUGCGUCUCUCACCGGGGAGGCUCUGCCUACAGUACACGAAAAGCUUUCCUCCUCGGAACUAGCUGCUCAAUUUGCAGAAGCGUGGGCUAGCCGCCCACAAAACGGACGUAGUCCGUUGCUCUUGACUGUGAUUAAAUGUCUACGCUGGGAAAUGUUGGGCAUCGCAUUCCCCCGACUUUGCGUUGUGGGGUUCAGUAUUGCACAGCCAUUCCUGAUUGGCAAGGUGAUCGCUGUAUUACAGCAAACAGAUCCCUUGUCGCAGGAUAUGGGGUAUGGCUUAAUUGCAGCGACAGGAAUUGUUUUUGCCGGGAUCGCUGUUUCUAGAGCCGCAUAUGAGCAUUUGGGCUAUCGCGCCACAACCAUGCUUCGAGGUGGUCUUAUGGGUCUUGUUUUCCAGCAUAUGAUGGUUCUACCACUCGGGAGUACCGAUGAAUCUAGUGCCAUGGCCCUUAUGGGUUCUGACAUCGAGAUGCUAGCUGAAUACUUCUAUUCAGUAAUUUGUGAGACUUGGGCCAACGUGCUACAAUUGGCACUAGCUACAUGGUUGCUCCAGACCCAAGUCGGUGCUGUCUGCAUUGCCCCAAUACUCGUUGCAAUCAUCUUCACGGCAGCCUCGUUUGGUAUGGGCAACGCUGUUUCCGUUCGGCAGAAGAAUUGGCUUCAGGCUACUGAGAAGCGUAUCAACUUCACAACCUCUGUCCUGGGAUCCAUUCGUAACGUCAAGUUUCUCGGCUUGACUGAAAUAAUGAGCUCCAUGAUCGAAUCUUUACGCACGAGAGAGCUUGAGACUUCGAAAAAGUUCCGCCACCUCCAGUCAGUACGUAUAUGCAUGGUCAAUUCUCCUAUUACGUUCGGUCAACUUGUGACACUUUCUGCAUACGCCAUAAUGGCAUCGCUGCAGGGCUCUGGGGAUCUCGCCGUCAACAAAGCCGUCACCUCAUUGUCACUUAUAAGCUUGAUGAUUACACCAUUGAGUUAUCUUUUAAUGGCGAUUCCUGAUACUUACGCAUCAAUGGGUUGUCUUAACAGGAUACAGCAAUUUCUUAACAGCCCCGGCCGCCUAGAGAAGCGACAGCUCCCUCAGUCGAUGUCAGCACAAUCUAUUUCAACUUCCGCCAUCGAGCUAUUCACUCUCCCGAGAAGCACACAGACGCAAAAGGAAGUGGUCGUAUCAUUGCGUGAUGUCCGAUUUGGCUGGAACUCCGCCUCUUCGCCAGAGAUACCGGGUAUCAACCUUCAAUUUGAAUCAUCUCCCACAGGUACUGUUGUCUUCAUGAUCGGCCCUGUAGGCUGCGGCAAAUCCACCUUUUUAAAGGGCCUGGCAGGUGAGACGCCCGUUUUAGAAGGCGACCUUUUCAUCAAAUACCGCGACCUAGCGUUCUGCGAUGAAAUACCAUGGCUAUCAAACACUUCAAUACGGAAUAACAUCGUUGGAGAAGACCCAUCUGCGUUGGAUUUAGGUUGGUAUCGCACCGUUAUCAGUGCCUGUGCGCUGGAUCAGGAUCUCAAAAACAUGCCGGCUGGAGACGAGACGUCCGUCGGCAGUAAAGGGUCUAAACUCAGUGGAGGACAGAGACAACGAAUUGCUAUCGCACGAGCCAUUUACGCUCGCAAACGAAUUGCUUGCUUCGAUGACGUUCUCAAUGGCUUAGACAAUGCAACCGCCAAGCAUGUCUUCAAUAAUGUCUUUGGUUCUGCUGGACUGCUACGUCGGCUGGGCUGCACGGUGUUCUUAGCAACCCAUGCGAUGCAUUGGUUACCCCAAGCUGACUUGAUCGUUAUUCUCGGGGAACAUGGCCAGAUCGUCAAGCAGGGGAGCUAUGUCGACAUUCGAGAUAAUACCGAAUACCUACCACAGAUGCAUGAUGCUAAACUCACAGAAACAGAUGAGCCCGUGAGAAGCGACGUGAUAGCCGAUCCUUCUAGUCAAACCGGAGAGCUUAUUACCGCCCCUGUCACAGACGAUCACAAGCAGACAACUGACUCCGCUGUAUACAAGUACUAUUUUUCUUCAAUGGGUUGGUUCAGAAUUGCGGCGUUACUCACAUUCCUGGUGACCGAAGCCGGUGUUAGUGCUUUUCGCUACGUGUGGGUGGAUCUCUGGUCCUCCAGCAGUGACAACACCUCAGACUCAAGUCUAGGCUACUGGCUGGGACUAUAUGCAGCACUUUCUGUCAUUCAAGUUGUGGCACUGACACUUGCUGUGGUCUGGACCUGGGUGGUCAUUGUCCCUGCUGCUUCGAAAAAUCUUCAUUCUAUCGUGCUGCGGGCUUGCAUGGGCGUCGACACUGGAGCCCUGAUUACUCGCUUCAGUCAAGACAUAAGGCUGGUUGAUAUGAUCUUACCUCGAGGUUUUAUAUCCACAGGGUUCCAGCUUUUCGGAUCUAUUGCCCAAGGCGCCACUGCAAUAGCCUCGCUUCCCUACUUAGCAGCAGCCCUACCGCCUCUCUUGGUAGUUCUGGCUCUGAUCCAGCGAUUCUAUCUCAAAACAUCCCGCCAACUACGUCUACUGGAAAUUGAGCUCAAGAGUCCGCUUUACACGCACUUCAUCGAGUCACUCGCAGGGGUCACUACUAUCCGGGCAUUUUCGUGGACGCAAGCCGCCACGUCCCGAAUGAUUACCACACUUGACACCGCCCAAAGGCCUUACUACCUUCUUCUUUGCAUUCAACGCUGGUUGAGUCUUGUACUCAACUUGAUUGUGGCUGCCAUAGCAGUCCUUCUUGUCGGAGCCUCAGUUGCUCUGCGCAGUAGCGUUGACCCGGGCCUUUUGGGCAUUGCGCUUGUUAUGAUGAUGGAUCUGGGAGUAACUUUGUCUGAAUUGAUCCAGAAUUGGACGUUGCUAGAAACGUCACUAGGUGCUAUUGCACGGAUUAAGGAGUUCUCUGAAAAGACACCAAACGAAGAGAGCAACAUGGUUGGUCGGAAUCUUGAUGAGCUCGCAGAAUGGCCGACUCGAGGUGAGAUUGAAUUCGUGGAUACCAGUAUUACUUGGAAUCCCUCCGAGUCGAAGCCAUUACUUAACAGCAUCAAUAUCCGUAUCGGCGCCGGGGAAAGGUUUGGGCUCUGUGGUAGGACUGGAAGCGGCAAGAGCACGUUAGCACUAUCGCUACUCCGUCUCAAUGAAAUUCAAUCAGGUCAAAUCUUCAUUGAUGGUCAGGACGUAUCAGUUUUAUCCCGAUCAUCGAUUCGACAGCGCAUCAGCUGUCUCAGUCAAGAACCAUUUAUUUUCCCUGGUACUAUCAGGCAAAAUGCCGACCCAGUGAACAUAGCAUCGAGCACCCAAAUGAUUGAUGCAUUGCAAUCUGUAGGAGUCUGGGACUCCCUUGUUGCACAUCACGGCGGCACAGACGAAGAGAUUCUGGAUUCGAUUCUAGAUGAUAGUAUUCUGUCACAAGGCCAAAAGCAGCUCUUUUGUUUGGCCAGGGCUCUGCUGAAGAGGAGUAAGAUUCUUAUUUUGGAUGAGCCAACGAGCAGCCUGGAUUACGAAACAGAUGCCAAAGUACAAAAGGUCAUACGAGAGUCGUUCAUUGGCUGCACUGUCAUCAUGGUGGCACACAGAAUCCAGACUCUGCUUGACUUUGACCAAGUUGCCGUUCUGAAUAGCGGUGAAAUUGUAGAAGUGGGACAUCCGCAGGAGUUGAUGGAUAGGCCUGAUGGGGAGUUUGCGAAGUUGUUGAGUCUAGAGUCUUGA